AUGCAGGCCAAGUUCAAUGUUGAUCACAUCAGGGCACAGGACCAGCCCGCCAUGAUAGCCGUUAUGGCCGUUGAAAACAACAUCUUUAUCUCGUCCAGCCAGAAGGGAGACGGCCCUUCUCUAUACGGCUACGGCCCCCAGCACCCCAAACCACGAGUCGUCGCUGCCCUUAACCGGUGCCAAGCCAGACUACAGAGCCAAAAGAAGGUCCCAGUCAACCAGAAGCAUCGAACCGAGGCCGGCUGUGCGGAGAUUUUCGCUGUUCACCAGUACCAUUUGGACAGCGAUAGCUCGCAGCAAGCUAACAAUCACCCACGCUCCAUCCGCAUCGUGGCCUACGGUAAAGGGGGCCGGACAGGCGUCGCAGGCCCUCAAAACCCCUGUGGCGGCGGUGAAGUCGUUAACCAAGAGGGUCGCCUAACGUGGGGGUGCAAGCAGUUCAUGGCGGACGAAGGGAUCGUCGUGCCACGGAAGCCCGGCAAGAAAGUCGACAUAAAACUACCACAGCCGUUCCCAACGUUCACCCAUAAGCAAAUUAGCAUCGUACCCCAAGCCUCUCCACGCCGAGCGCGCCUAGAGGGGCAAGCAUCAAGGAACCAGCCAGCAGGGAUGCUUCGCAGAACAUCCGCCAAGCCAAUAGACACCAUAUUCUAG